AUGUCGUGGUUUACAUCAUGGUUCACAUCGUCAAAGAACCCAGUGCCUUCAGCAGCUGGCCAGCCUGUAGCUGCCGAGAAGCGCGUCCUCGAAGAACCUGUGAAGCCGGCCGAACCCGCCAUUGAAGCAGCCAAACCCGUGACGCUGCAGCAGACACAAACCGAACGUUUGAACAGAAACAAACUCAUUUUUAAUGCUGGCGCCGUAUUUUUCGCCUUCUCCCUCCUCGUCACUCGAAGAAGCCUUGCGCGAAAACGGCUGGCCUCCAAUCCGGCUUUCUACGCCAAUGCCCCGGCACACCAGGCGGAACAAGCGAAAAAAGUCAACGGUGCCAUGGAAGCUGUCGAAGCAUUGAACAUUGCGACGAUCAACGUCCUCAGUCUGUCGAUGAUGGUCACGGGAGGAGCUAUGUGGUAUUUCGAUAUCAACAGUCUGGCAGAGGCGCGCAGGAAGAUAAGAGGUGGGCUGGGCGUCGAUGGGACGGGCAAGUCGGAGAAGGAAGCUGAGGAGGAGUUUGAGGAGUGGAUGGCGACCGUGCUAGCGCGCAAGGAAGCGAAAGGACCACGACCUUCGCAGACGAAUGAACGAGGCCAGGAGAGGACUUGUGAGAGCUCGACCAAAUCUGCGGGCAAUAACGAAGCGCCGCCUCACAUCCUCACCCGCAACACUGCGACAGGAUGUUCCCUGGCGCUAGGAAACGAGGAAAGACACGGACCGAAUCACGACGAUCCCGAAGACUCAUACAGUGCCAAAUUUGCCCUAUCCAAGAGCUCCUCGAGCAGAGGUGUCCACGGCCACAAGAUACAAUCUUUUGCGGCGGUGACAGUUCCCACCAAGCGGGUACAGUAA